GUGACGUACAUAGCAUAUUUAUACAACAGCGGGAUUUUCUCCAUUUGAUUUAUUAACUUACCUCGCAGAAUGUUUUACCAUGUGUCAUUAGAACACGAAAUUCUACUUCAUCCUCGAUACUUUGGCCCCAAUCUACUAAACAUUGUACGAAAGAAAUUAUUUACAGAAGUGGAAGGAACCUGUACAGGGAAAUAUGGAUUUGUUAUUGCUGUCACAUCGAUCGAUAACAUUGGUGCAGGACUGAUUCAACCCAGUAGAGGUUUUGUUGUUUAUCCUGUUAAAUACAAAGCGAUCGUCUUCAGACCAUUUAAAGGAGAGGUGUUUGAUGCAGUUGUAACCCAAGUGAACAAAGUUGGCUUAUUUACUGAUAUUGGACCUUUGUCAUGUUUUAUCUCCCGACAUUCUAUUCCUGCUGAUAUGGAAUUUGAUCCUAAUUCAAAUCCGCACUGUUAUAAAACCAAAGAUGAAGAUGUUGUUAUCCAACAGGAAGAUGAAAUACGUAUCAAAAUUGUUGGUACCAGAGUAGAUGCAAAAGAUAUUUUUGCUAUUGGAACACUUAUGGACGAUUUCCUUGGUUUAGUUAGUUAAAUGUAACAACCAAGACUAUUUAAGAAUCAGACACUACAAAACUAUGCCAUUUCUUCAUGUCUUUUUUACUCCAUCUUGACUGCAUUAUUUUGAUUUCAAACACUUUGUUAUGAAAUCUCAAAUCAUAUUUUAUAAUUCAAAAAUACAUUAAAUUAAAUUAUCCAGGUUA